UUGUCUCCUUCUCUACUCCGGUUUGUCUUUUCUCUCUGCGAUUUUUGAAAGUUUUGAGCUCUGGAUUUCUACUCUUUGGAGUCUAUGUAGUUCUUUGUCUUUUGAAGAUUUGAACGUAUACUUAGCAUUGUUUGAAGAAAAAGAAAUGGAGAUUGUAUUGCAGACUCGCAAUCGAAGGAAAAACUAGCCAUCUCCGCCGUCAUUAUCUUAAGCAACUAUAUACAUGUACAUAUAUAUAUAUAAAUAUAAUUAACAUUGCUAUUCACAUGACCUUCGUGUCCGAUUUUGCAACAAGGAAAACAAAAGAAGGAGAGACAUUGAAUGAUAUAUAAUCCGGUGAGACGGCGUGGCUGAGAGAGAGGGAUCAGAAUUAAGUAACAUUUGAUUGGAGGACGGAGAGGAUGGGAGGUGAUCGAAACGGAGGGAUGAUUGAGGUGGAAUACGUGGUGGAGGAUGUUAAAGAACGAAUAUCGUCGUCGGCAGGAAGCCGGUACAAUCUGGUGUCGAACCUGUUUAAUUUGGAUUCCAGUCUUCGCAAGUUUAGCCGCGAGAGCGUCAUCAAUGGCAUCAAAUACUUCUCUCGGGGAUGCAUUAUCUCUCCAGAUAGCAGGUGGUAUCGAGCCUGGACAACGUUCAUACUGGUAUGGGCACUGUAUUCGUCCUUCUUCACUCCCUUGGAAUUUGGGUUUUUCAGAGGUCUGCCAGAGAACCUGUUUAUACUGGACAUUGCUGGACAGGUUGCUUUCUUGCUAGACAUUGUUUUGCAGUUUUUUGUUGCCUAUCGAGACAGCCAGACAUACCGAAUGGUCUAUAAGCACACCCCAAUUACUCUCCGGUACUUGAAAUCAUCUUUUAUCAUUGAUUUACUUGGCUGCAUGCCUUGGGACUUGAUUUACAAGGCUUCCGGAAACAAAGAAGAAGUCAGGUAUCUCUUGUGGAUUAGGUUAUAUCGAGUACGGAAAGUCAUUCAAUUUUUUCAGAAGAUGGAGAAAGACAUACGAAUCAACUACAUGUUUACCAGGAUUAUCAAGCUUAUUUUUGUUGAACUUUAUUGCACACAUACAGCAGCUUGCAUCUUUUACUAUUUGGCCACCUCUCUGCCACCACAGCAAGAAGAGUACACGUGGAUUGGAAGUUUAAAAUUGGGUGAUUAUAGGUAUUCGCAGUUCAGAGAUAUUGACCUCUGGAAGCGGUACACGACAUCUAUGUACUUUGCCAUCGUCACUAUGGCCACUGUUGGUUAUGGAGAUAUACACGCUGUCAACUUGAGGGAAAUGAUAUUUGUAAUGAUUUAUGUUUCAUUUGAUAUGGUUCUUGGUGCCUAUCUGAUCGGUAACAUGACAGCAUUAAUUGUAAAAGGAUCUAAGACAGAAAAAUUUAGGGAUAAAAUGACAGAUCUUAUUAAGUAUAUGAACAGAAACAGACUUGGAAGGGAUAUUCGUAAUCAGAUUAAAGGCCACUUUCGUCUGCAGUAUGAGAGUAGCUACACUGAUGCUGCUGUACUUCAAGAUAUCCCCAUCUCCAUCCGAGCUAAGGUUAUUAGACUCCAUGAAGAGUUUUUUUUGCCUGGAGAAGUUAUCAUGGAGCAAGGAAAUGUGGUGGACCAACUAUAUUUUGUCUGCCAUGGUGUACUGGAGGAGGUGGGUACUGCUCAAGAUGGAUCAGAAAAGACUAUUUCAUUUUUACGUCCUAACAGCUCCUUUGGUGAAAUUUCAAUCCUGUGCAACAUUCCUCAGCCUUACACAGUUCGUGUUUGUGAACUAUGUAAGCUUCUGCGGCUUGAUAAACAAUCUUUCACAAAUAUUCUGGAGAUAUAUUUCCAUGAUGGUCGGAGAAUCUUGAACAAUCUCCUAGAGGGAAAAGAAUCCAAUCGAGUUAAGCAAUUGGAAUCGGAUAUCACCUUUCACAUUGGUAAGCAAGAAGCAGAACUUGCUCUGAAGGUCAACAGUGCAGCUUACUAUGGUGAUCUAUACCAGCUUAAAGGAUUGAUCCGAGCAGGGGCUGAUCCCAACAAAGUAGAUUAUGAUGGACGGUCUCCUUUGCAUCUUGCAGCAUGCAGAGGAUAUGAAGAUAUAACAGUUUUUCUUAUUCAAGAAGGCGUAGACAUCAAUAUAAAAGACAAAUUCGGGAACACACCCUUAUUAGAAGCCUUAAAAAAUGGACAUGAUCGAAUUGCUUCCUUACUAAUCAAAGAAGGGGCUUCUUUAGAUAUAGACGAUGCUGGUAGUUUUUUAUGUACUGUUGUUGCAAAAGGUGAUUCAGAUUUUCUGAGAAGGAUUCUUUCCAAUGGCGUUGAUCCAAACUCCAGAGAUUAUGACCAUCGAACUCCACUUCAUGUUGCUGCCUCGGAAGGAUUAUAUUUGAUGGCAAAGAUAUUGGUGGAAUCAGGGGCUAGUGUUUUCUCAAAGGACAGAGGAGGAAACACACCCAUUGAUGAAGCGCAGAUGUGUGGAAACAACAAUUUGAUCAAGCUACUAGAAGAUGCUAAGUCUGCUCAGCUGUCAGAACUUCAUUAUCACUCUCAAGAAGUUAAAGAUAAAAUGCACAAAAAGAAGUGUACCGUCUUUCCUCUCCAUCCACAAGAUGCUAAAGAACAAAGAAUACAUGGAGUCGUUUUAUGGGUUCCACGCACCAUUGAAGAGCUCAUCAAAUCAGCAGCCGAGCAUCUAUCUUUUGCAGAUGCUUCAUGCAUACUGUCUGAAGAUGAAGGUAAAAUUAUUGAUGUGGACAUGAUUAAUGAUGGGCAGAAACUCUACUUAAUCAGUGAAACACAUUAGACAGACAUUUUUACUAGUUUGAUAUUACAAAGCUCAGGCUUCACGUUAUUCGAUUGUGAGAUUGUCGCCUCUGGAUACUACAAUUAUUUGCAUAUCUCUAAUCUCAUAGAGAGUUGUUCAACAAAUAAUGCGGGAGGUAUAGAAUACUCAAAGAUCCAUUCUAGGAGUAAGCUUGUCACUUGUUGUUGUUGUUGUAAUGUGUUUAAUUUCACCAUCUUAUGUGCUUAUAGAUACUACAAUUAUCCGCAAAUACUGGUUUGUCUCUGUAAUCGCCAUGUAAAUAUAUGCGUCAAUUUUAUCUUCAGAGAGAAUAAAUCUAUCACAAUUU